CCUAAGUUGAGGCAGUUUGGUUAGUUUCGACUCAGACUGCGUUAGACGAGUUCAAAAAAUUAUUAGUUGCUAUUUUUUCGAUUUUUUGAGAGAGUAGUACCACUACAGAUGGCAACGGAAAUCGACCAGAACCGUGACCGCAUUGCCGAAACCCUCGUCGGUCGUACCUUACUUAUAACAGGUGGUACUGGUUUUGUGGGCAAAGUACUCAUUGAAAAGAUACUACGCUGUCUCGAUGUGAAGAAAAUCUACGUUCUGGUACGACCUAAAAAAGGCAAAUCUCCGACGGAACGACGAGCUGCACUUUUUGCCGAUCCGCUUUUCGAGUUGGCCAAAAAAACACGUGGCGAUGACAUCGUCAAGCGGGUGGAGUUUGUGUCGGGGGACAUUGCCGCCCCCGGCCUGGCCUUGAGUACCAGCGACCGCCAAAAAUUGGCGGCGGAGUGUGAGUUUAUUUUUCAUUGCGCCGCCACCAUUCGUUUUGAUAUGGAUUUGAAACCUGCGGUACUACUUAAUGUCAGAGGUACCAAACUUAUGCUCGAGCUGGCAAAAGAGUGCAAAAAACUUUUGAAUUUUGUCCAUCUUUCUACGGCUUAUUGUCACUUGAACGAGAGAGUGCUUUACGAGAAGGCGUACCCGCCCCCAGCUGACCCUCAUAGCAUCAUAAAAUCAUGCGAAUUGAUGAGCAACGAAGCUGUAAACAGUAUUGCCCCAAAACUUUUGGAAGAGUGGCCCAACAGUUACGCCUUCACCAAGGCUUUGGGCGAGGCUUUAGUCCACGAUCAAGUCGGCAAAAUCCCUCUCAUUAUUUUACGACCUUCCAUAAUUAUGCCAAUUUUGAAAGAACCCAUCCCUGGGUGGACCGACAACAUUAAUGGUCCCAUGGGACUUUUGAUAGCCGCCGGAAAAGGGGUACUUCGUACCAUGUAUGGGCGAAGCGAAGCCUACGCUGAUUACGUCCCAGUUGAUAUCGUAGUCAACGUCAUGAUCGGAAGUGCUUGUGAUCGUCUCGUGCUCAAAUCUUCGGAACGCAUCUUUUAUAACAUAACGAGCUCGGCUGAAUAUAAGCUAACCUUCCAAGAAAUGUUGGACAUUGGUCGUGAUACUGUCUAUAACCGAAUUCCCUUAAACGGGGUGUUUUGGUACCCUGGUGGUUCCAUGAAACGUUCACGUCUCGCCCACAACUUAGCCUUCUUUUUUUACCAAUGGGUACCGGCAGUUAUCGUUGAUAUACUCCUUGUAUGUCUUGGGUAUAAACCGGUACUCAAACGGGUACAACGAAGGAUCCUUAAAGGGUACGACGUUUUCGAGUACUAUGCUAACAGACAGUGGGAUUUUGACAAUGAAGGCUCGUUCAAAGCCCGGAAAUUGAUGACAGAAAAAGAACGACAGUUGUACAAGGUUGAUGGAGAUGGGAUUAGUUACGAGGAUUAUUUCUACAAUUGUGUCAAAUCGGCCAGGUUGUAUAUUUUAAACGAGACGGAUGAUACGAUUCCGGCGGCUAAAAGGCACAUGAAAGUGAUGUACUGUGUGGAUAGGAUUUGCAAGUCGUUGAUUAUUUUUGGCUUGAUGUAUCUGGUUUGGAGAUUUUUUCUUAUCCCAAUUUUUGGAUUCUAGUACCAACAAGUACCACUUAGCAAAUUGGUGAUUGUGAUUAGUAUUUUGUAAAUAGUGCACAAAAAGACGACCAAAUACAGUUUUUUAUAUUUGU